AUGGAGAUGGCGAGGCAUUCCAAGAACAGGAAAAGCGUGGUGAGCGAGGCAAGGCUACAGCAUUCUUUGCAAGACUCUUUCUGGGAUGCACUACUCAUUCUGGGUCUGGACGAGACUGGCUGUCUUGGGUCCCUGAUGAUCUGCCUUGGGUUCGGAAUCUGCUUCGGCAUGCAGUUGCUGUUUUGCUGGGUCGUGUAUGCAUCAUUCUUAGAUGCUGAUCCGAAGUAUGACCUGGAGUACUUGAAGGAGUGGCGUGUGAUGUACGGCCACAGCGUUCUCUACUAUGACGGUGCGUCGGGUGCAUCUUUGGUGAGCAAAGUGUGUGAAGGAACGUCAUUCGACCAAGAUUGGUGGAACAACAACCUGCUCGGGGAGAUCGGCGACUACUUGCAGCCCCUCUUCGGCCCCGCCUUCCCAAACGUCGGGGUUGGCGUGGUUCUGAGCAGCCUGGCAAUCUCCGUUUGGUUGUGCCACGUUGCCGCAGAGCUUCAAGAUGUGGGCCGCCUAGGCGUGGCACUGUAUCGGCUUCCCCGAGGCGAGACACUGGUCGCACGCACACGCGAGGGUGAGCGCACGUUCCAGAGCAUCAGCGGUUUGCGGCUGGCUGUUCAAAGUUUGGCUCUGCUUUGCCGUGUUGCGGUUGCCGUGCUGUUAGGCAUGUCUGGAGCACUAUGGCUGUGCAAGACUCGUGACACCACAGAAAUUUUCCUGAACGCCGUAGCGCUGGACUUUGUGCUCGAGGUCGAUAAUGUGCUCUUCCGAGUACUGGCUCCCAGGCGAAUGCUGCUGCAGAUGCAAUCAAUUCAGCCACUUGAUCUCGGUACCAGGAAGAUGUGGCAUGGCGUAGAUGCCCAGAGUGUGCUCAAGCUGGUUGCAUUGGUGGUGACUGUGUGCUUGUUCGUCUCCACAACGCUACAGAGCAAUGCCGAUGAGGCCCGUCAAGCUCGAGACAUGCUUUGCGGCGGCAACAGAGACUUCGUGUAUGGCACCCAUCCUACUCUGGGCCCCAUGUUCGUCAUGGAGACGACCAACUUCAGCAUGAGCACCAGCAGCAGCAUCAUGCCUGGUAUGCAGCCCUUGGUCACGGAGGUGAUCUUCAGCUUUCAGAAGGACCAGGUCGCCCAUGAAAUGUGGAGGAGCUCCAUCGAUGGAGUUGGCGAUGUUGCGGUAAAGCGAGCCAGAGAUCUGCAAGACCUUCAGGCUUGGUUGUCCCAAUCAGACACGGAAGCUCCGGAAGAGACCGGGAUGGGGAGCCGUAGCUACGGCACCCAUUGCCAGGAUCGUGGGGCCGACUUCUGGGAAGCAGACUGGCUGUGGCCCACUGUCAGGGCGUUGACAAAUCAAAGUGUUACGGACUGCGAGAAGGCGCGGCCCUUCUGCGACCGGAGGGAUCUGCCCCUGAUCCGCAUGCUCUGUCCCGAAAGCUGUGGCUGCAUGUCACCAACUUCCGGUCUCUAUGCGGACAACGGCUGCCGCCAGCAAUGUCAAGGGGAAGACUUCUUUCAGUCUCAGCUGAACGCCUCAGAGUGUGAAGACCUGCAAGUUAGCGAUGCUCGCCGUGAAGCCUGGAAGAGGUGGUGGAGUGGCUUCUACGACUACAACGUUUUCUGGUGGGGCACGGCGAAUCCUAUGAUGGUCUUCGCCGAUGAGGGUGCGGAGGGCAACUGCUCCUUUGUGAGUUCCGCCAUCUGGAUCGCGGAGCACGUUUGCAGACACGACGAGCGCCGGCCAGCGUCGAUGUUCUGCCCAGUGACGUGUGGUUGCACUGGGCCCAGUUCGUCAGACCUGUGGUGCCCGAGAGCAUGUUGA